AUGGGAUCCAGCGCGAAGAAAAAGAAGGAAAAGCAGAAGGACUUUACGAAAGCCAAGCUAAAAGUCGGCAAAGCCAAAGGCAAGCCUGAGAAUUUCACCGAUACCAGUUUCAAAUCGAAAGGAAUCGUGCUAAACCAACAAUCCCUCACCUUAAGCGCCCCGACCUCGAACACUCAAUUCACACAUCACGUCUCCCUCCUCAGCUCCAAAUCCGACUCCCAACGCCGCGACUCCCUCGCCCACCUAACAACCUCCAUCAGCUCGCGACCCGUCAACUCUCCCCUCCUGCAACCAGUCAGCGUCAUCCUCCCCACCCUCCUCCCCCUUAUCCUCGACGCAAACACGGGCGUGCGCACCCAACUGCUCAAACUCUUCCGCGCGCUCCCGCAAUCAGACAUCCGAGACCACGUCCCCCAACUCCUCCCCUACAUCCGCGCCGGCAUGACCCACCUCGCGGCCGACGUCCGCGUCUCCUCCGUGGAAGUCCUCUCCUGGCUCGUCGAAAUAGCAGGCACAGAAGUCGUCUCCAGCGCCGGCGGCUGGAUCAAAACGCUCAAUUGCUUCCUCUCCGUCCUGGGCUGGCACACGGAGGAAUCGGCCAAGUGGUCCGCGAACCGAGCCUCGUUCGGAAAAGCAGGCACCAAGGGCCAGCCAAUGAUGAAGGUGCUCACUGUACUGGCCGAGUUCUUGUAUGCGGGGAUUGGCGCGCCCGCCAACGAAGCACAGGAUGUGGAUAUGCUAGGUGCUGGGGGUGCGGCCGGGUGGGAGUUCCCCCUCUGUCAGACGGCUGUGCACAUGGUUCCUGAUACGGCGGCGCCGUAUGCUUAUUUGAAUUUGUUCGGGCAGCCAAGGGACGAGGAGGGCGAGAUGUACGAGACGUGGGAGGACCGGUAUCGGGUGUUUUCGAACCGGUUUUUGCCGGCCAUUCAGCGGGGAUUGGAUAACGCCAGGCAAGAAGGGGGUGAGAUGGGGAGGGCCAGUUCUGGGGCGAGCAAGGUAUUGAAGGAGGCUAUUGCUUAUGGGACGGGAAUCGCGGUGUGA